AUGAGGUCCAAAGACUACACAGAUGGUCCGGGAGAGAUGGACAUGCUUAUCGGGUUCUUCUUAAUGAAUGGCGUGUGUGUAGGUGAGUAAAACUUCAAAUUUAAAAAAAUAUGAAUAAAGAAUCUUCAGAUUUAGGGGACAUUUUUAAUAAUUUUUUUGGGCUUUUUAGGCUUAUUUUGUCAGUUUUUCUCAUAGGCUUAAAUUGUCAGCUUUUUAAAAAGUUUUUUUUAAAUAAACACUGACUUGACAUACAGUGAAACCUUUUUAAUAUGACACUUAAUAGUGUAACACCUUUUUAUAACGACAGCAUUUUGAUCGCCCUUUGUAAUAUUUAGAACCUCUAUCAAAAAGUACAUAUAGUGUAACAUUCUGGUUAUAAGGAAAGGUUUAAACCUGUCUCUUGAGUGUCAUACUAAAGAGGUGUGACAGUAAUAAAAUUAAUUGCUCUUUGUAUUAUUAAAUCAAGUGUUAACCUGGAAGCAAAUUGAUUUUAUAGAAACUGAUUUUUAAGAAGCGGCCAUAAUUUUAAAAUAUAAUUUAUGAUGUUUAAUAACAGAAAUUUUGGACUUCAUUUGAACAUUAGUUAACACACGUUAAGCUUUCAAUAACUGAGAUAUAAAAUUUUUUUUCCUUGUUGUUGAUUGACCAGAAAAGCCAAAAGUUUACGGAUAUAAGCCUUCAAACCACGUUUUUUUAAUAAAAACGUUAAUUUGAUGGUAUUUUUUUAACAAAACACAAUUUUAUUUUUUUUUGCAUUAAUUAGCUAAUAUUAACAAUAAUUCACAAAAAAAACUAUUUUCAUGAUAAGUACCAUUUGAAAAAUAAAAUUUAAUACAUGAAUCAUUUAAAAAAAAUUAAAAUGUGUUUUUUGGACUUUACUUUUAAGUUUCCAAGAAGCUCUUUUUAACACUAAGUAUCACAUGCUCUUCUUUUUAGCACGUGAAAAGUUGUAUAAUACGUACAUAUUUGCUUUUUAAGACGUGUUUCAAAACAAACAACCUAGUUUUUUAAAUUUAAUUUUAGUGUUUUCUUUUUGAAAAUUUAAUUUUUUUUGGGUUUUUUAAAAUUCGCUUUUAUUGCUUUUCUUUAUUUUGGUUGUUUACAUAGUUCUGUGCUCCGAGACCCCAAAAAUUUGUUUUGAGACGGGGCACAUGAUAAUUUGAACAAUUUAAUAAAAAUAUAACUUUUAGUGUAUUUUCUAUUUAAAAACGCAAUUUCAGUGUUUUUCCUGACGUUCGGCCUGUGUGUGAUAUGCUCGUGUAUGCGGCGAAAGCCCAAGUUCCAGAAUCCGGAAGAGCCGCCGCCGAUUCAGAAGACGCCACUCAAGACGCCGCUCACUUCAACCUUCGCCGCCACCAUCGACAAGUUACGGCCGAAAUCGAUGCGAAAGGGCUCGUCACGUGGCCCCUCGCCAACACCAACAAGUAUCCACAAGAACUCGAAUGUGAGUAACUUGUCUACCAUGCCUCCACCACCUAUAACAUCGCCGAGUCUGAAGCCGACGUUUAAAGCGAUUGUGGCUAGAGCGAUGCAACAACAAGCAAUGUCAAAACAAUUAACUGUGAAUUCGAAUUCGAAGAGUUUGAGUAGGAGUGGGUCCAGUGCCUCGAGGCACGCCGAAGAUAAGGCCGAGUUGUUGACGGAAAAAGGUAAUACGGUUGUGGUGGGUGAGAGAUAUUAGAUGGUGAGAUAGGAAAAAAGUAAAAAUUUGAAAAAAAAUUUUCGAUUGUUAUAUUACGUUGUUCAAGUUGUUCUGUGUUUCCAACUUCAAAACAUUGCUUUGAGAGGGGGCACAAAAUUAUUUGAACAACCUAAUGAUUUCUUUUUUAAAAUUAUAAGUUUUUAAACUUUUAGAUUGAGAUAGUACUUAUCAUUAUAUAUAUGAAUUCAAAUUAUAUAAACUAUCAAAAUUUGCACUAAAAUGAACAUUACACGGCACAUAACAUCUUCUUCCAUAUUUUCUACCUAUAACAAUCUUUAAAUUUCAACUAACAUUUUGAGUUUUACUUACGUUUUUGAGGUUGUUAUAACAUCUUUCUUUCAGUUAUUACCUUUUAGUUAUACUAACCUUUUAUAUUGUAGUACAUAACAUAUACUAUGAGUUUUAAACCUCUUUUAGGUUGUUCAGAUAAUUUUGCGAUUCCUUUCAAAGCAAUUCUUUGGGGGUACGGGGGCUCAGAAAUAUUUGAACAAUUUAAUAGAUAGUACAGUGUAACUAUUUAACCUUAUAAAUUAAUUUUAAAGUACAGUAUAACAUAGUACUGCGAUCUACAAAGUUGAGUUUCAGUACUAAAACUUGUUUUUAGUCUCUUCAUUUUGGAAUUAUUUAGUUAUGUGAAGUGAUAGUAAUAACCUUUUUUUAUUUAUCUCGAGAGUUAUAGUUAAUAUUUUACAAUUUUUGUUUUUGUUAUCAUAUUAAUUUAUACUAAAGUGCUAUUUCUCAUACUGAAUUAUAAUUUUUAAUAUAUUGUACUUACUCCGUAGCUCUUAUUUUCAUUUUUUUAUUUAAAAAUAAUUUUUUAGUACUUUUAAGAUCUUUUAAACUUAUCACUCUUCUGUUUUUAAAUUUUUGAAACAAUGUUUUCGUUAAAGUCAUCAAAAAUGGACAAAAACUGUUUUGCAACAAUAUGAUGUAUAUUAUCGUAAAUACAUAACAAAGGAAGCAACAUUUCGAAUGCCAAACAUUUUUAAAUGAAUUUUAAAUUGAUUUUAAAUUUUUGAAAACGAAAAUGUUUUAGUACUAAAAACUAUUAAGUUAUAGGCUAAAAUAUAGGCUAAAACAACAUUUUUAAAAUUUUUCAAACUUAAAAAAAUUUGUUUUUAAAAUUUAAACUUCAAUUUCCUUUUCAAACCUAAAAUUUUCACUUUCUUCACCUAACCCCACUCAAAUCUGUCAUUACGUUUAACCUAACUCUCACCUACCGUAAUCUUACCGUAAUCCUUGUGACGUUGUAAUGUAAUCUCAAUAUUCAAAUUUCCAGAAUCUCCAGAAUCGCCGAAAGCGCCGGACGAGGUGGUCAUCUUUUUGUGA